AUGAUUAUCCAGUUGAUGAUUGUUCCUUUCAACUUCCUUCGACCUUCCACGAUUUGGACACCUGGCCACGAUUCUUGGCGUUACGCCGACAGCGAUCAAGACGGUAGAUUCUACGAUACCGCCGAUCGCCAGCCAUUCCUCGCUGGAGUCAUCCGCACACCGGUCUCUCGUCGGCGAAUGGCACCGUAUCCAACGGUCCAGCAGAGGCAGACACUGCAACGAGUGAGCCCAGAGGCCAUGGAUCAAGAGAUCACGACACGCAUAACUCCUCAGACGUCGCACUCGCACCCGCGCACUCUCGCCGUUCAGUCGUCCAUGAAUUCGGUCGCAGACAGCGAUUAUGUACCAUGCACUGGCUCCAGUCGUAACAGCACAUCGGACGAAGAAGAGGAACAGCGCCGUCGUCGGACCCGACCCCUUGCAAUUUCCCCAUCCCUUGACAGCGAUCCUGGCGCAUGGGUGGACCGCGUCGCGGACGAUUGUGCUGGACUCUCGGACCGACCGGCUGGCAGGGCAGUCUCGCGCGACAUUGACGAAGCAGCUACGGUCACCGUCGCUCCAACGACGGUCACUAAAUCCUCAGGCCGACAGUCUGCUGGGGCGGAGCUGCGCGAAGCCGACGAAUUGGCCACGGGCACAGCCGCUACGACGAGGGAUGAAUCCCUGGACCGACAGACUGCUGGAGCAGUGCCGCACGACGUCGCCGAAGCUGCUACGGGCACCGCUGCUCCCGCCCGAAGCAGCCGAGUCAUCGCUGCCCGUAUGCAUGUCCCUCAGAACGGCACCUAUCCGGAUACUGAACAGGUACACAACGAGCUUCACAUCCGCGCCUCAGACGACAACCGCUCGGAUCGCGAUCUUGAUCGAGUACCGGAGGGAAACCCUUCAACUCCACGCGAAGCCAUCGUCCUGCCAGACACGAGCGAAACGCGCACGCGGAAGCCGAAUGGUGAAUGUGGCAAGCCUGGAAAGGGGGGGUACAAUCUUCAAGAUGCGCUCGGCUGGCCUGCGCACAAGUAUAACAACGUCAGGAAGGAGAUGAAUAAGCUCGUAGACCGUAUACUGGAUGGUACAAAGUCCCUGACUAGGCAGGAGUCGGCACGCAUGGCGAUACUAGAGCUGGAGAUGCCGCGGGAGGGGCGGGCGGCUGGAGACUGGGCGACAGCACUUGGGGCUGCAGCCACCGGCUCGAGCCCGGAUAAGCUAGGAAGAACGCGCGGCGGUGCCCCCUCGCCCGAGCGUGCGUGCGAGUCGAACGGCCUGAACGGUGAAUUUCGGGCGGACGCCGACGCAGCGGGCACAGCCACCCUACCAUACAUGAUGCCGUCGGUCGGCCUCCUCGACCCUUCCCCCAUGAUGUCCCAGCUCCCUGGCUCAGAGCACAGCGCAUGCAGCGCUGCUCGCAUCUCCGGCGUCUGGGGCUUUCGUGGGGCGUGGACGAUCGACGGCAGUGAGAUUAGGCAGGGCGCGAUGAGGCGAGGGUCGCAGGCUGGCGCCUCCCUCCCCAGCUCCCCCUCCCGGCUCCCGCAAUCUUCGGUCUAUUCUGGCUCGCCCUCGGGCUCGAUCGACGCGUCGGGCAUCUCCCAGAAGCCUCGGCGUCAUGCUGGGGAUGCGCCGCGUCUGUGCUGGCGUGAUCUCGCGAGCGUCAGUCACGGCUGGCCUACCGCCCUUGAGAAGAUCCGUCUCUCACGCUGGCGCCAGGACCGGGGUCCCGCCGCUCCUGAUCUCUGCAACCCGAAGGAUACCACGACGUCGAUCUUCGACUUUGUCAACGACGAGCCGUUCGCUGCGACGUUGGUGACCGUGCGGAUCACCUCUGUCGCUGAACGGAGGCAGGCGACGUUGCUCUGCGUCAGUGCAGAUCUGUUGGUUCUGAAGGAGAGCUCCACGUCGUACGAAGCUGUUGGUGGUCAUGAAGUUGGCGGACGACUGCGGCUGGCGCUGCUCGGCGAUCCAGAAGACCAUCACGCAGGCGCAUGGGGUUUGGCGGGUACGGGCGAAGAGGCGUACGAUCCGACGCUUGCUGCGAUGCAUCUGCCAGAGGUCCUGAUGAACCGUCAACUGCUGGCAGCAAGGGCCUCGCUACUACUACUACUACUACUACUUGCUGCUGCGGUCGACCUGUCGCGCGAUCGAGCCCGGGGCGCCUGUAUCGACGUCCAGGUUGGUGGAGACCAUGGUGAGUCGCCUGCGUGUUUCGUUGGCUGGGACAGCCAUGGCCUGCCCGUCCACCUCCACCUCCCUGUCCUGCUGCCGCUCACGCGCCUGCUACCGCGUCUCACGAAUCUUCAGCACCCGCUCGCGACGGAGUGGCGGCGUCUCGAAGACCUCUUCCGGCUGGACUCGAUAGUGUCGACCCUCAUUGAACUCGUGCAUCCCCGAACGCUCGAUGUCGCCGAGCGCGUGAUCAGCGAUGUCCUGCGCGAGCUCGUGAAGGCACUGUGCGACUAA